AUGAAACAUUCAUCAAACUUUGCACCAAAAUACAUUCUUCUCUUAACAUUCAUCUUCUUCUUUCUACCGACUUCACAAUCUCAAGGCCAAACAAACAACAAUAACAUCCCAUCGACCGGCUCUCUCUGCAUCAGCGAGUGCGGCUCGUGCCCCGUCAUCUGCUCCUCCCCGCCAUCUCCCAAACUGCCCCCACCGGAAAACCACCAGCCGCCUCCACAACUGCCAUACUACUUCGAUUCUCCGGCACCAAUGCCGCCGCCGCCUCGUCGUCUGUCUCAGCCUCCGCCGCCAUUUAACAUUUUUGCAGGCGGCGGCUCGACUACUCCUCCGCCGCCACCUUCAGAACCGGAAUUGUUGAGAGUAGAUGCUGAGAAAAUACGCCGGCAGAUGCAGGAGGUGGCGGUGGGCAAUUACCGUGCUUUCAUUGCGGCGGCGGAUACGUUGCUCGAAAUCCGAGAGCAAGUUACUUCCGUUGAUAAACAUCUCGAGUCCCUGAUAGCUGAAAUUCCUAAACUAACAUCUGGUUGCACUGAUUUUGUUGAUUCUGCGGAACAUAUUUUGGAAAAGAGGAAGAUGAACCAAACAUUACUGGGAAAUCAUAGUACUUUGCUUGAUUUGCUUGAAAUUCCUCAACUCAUGGACACAUGUGUAAGAAAUGGAAAUUAUGACGAAGCUCUUGAUUUAGAGGCAUUUGUAGCGAAACUUACCACGAUGCACCCAAAAAUUCCAGUUAUUCAAGCUCUAGCUGCAGAAGUUCGGCAGACUACUCAGUCUCUUCUCUCUCAGCUUCUCCAGAAGCUUAAAUCUAACAUUCAGUUGCCAGAGUGCCUCCAUAUCAUUGGAUAUUUACGUCGAAUAGGAGUUUUCAAUGAAUAUGAAAUGCGUCUGCAGUUUUUAAGAUGCCGUGAAGCGUGGCUUACUGGAAUACUUGAUGAUCUAGACCAGAGAAACCCUUAUGAAUAUUUGAAAGGGAUGGUAAAUUGUCAGAGAAUGCAUCUUUUUGAUGUUGUUAACCAGUACCGAGCCAUAUUCGUUGACGACACUUCAGGAAAUGAAGAAAAUUAUGAUGGUGGCCUUCUCUUUGACUGGGCCAUGCAUCAGAUUACCUUGCACCUGAAGACCCUCAAAAUCAUGCUUCCUAAGAUAAGUGAAGGUGGAUCUUUGUCAAAUAUUCUAGAUCAAAGCAUGUAUUGUGCUAUGGGCCUUGGCUGGGUUGGGUUGGAUUUUCGAGGACUACUUCCCCCACUUUUUGAAGAAGCAGCCCUUAAUUUGUUUUCCAAGAAUAUGAGGACGGCCGUCGAUAAUUUUCAGUUAGUCCUGAAUUCUCACCGUUGGGUCCCGUUGCCAGCAGUUGGCUUCCCGACCAGUAGUUUGAAUGAACAAAGUCAUGAUGAUAUCACACCUCCUUCAAAUCUAAUGGAGCAUCCUCCGCUUGCUGUUUUUAUCAACGGUGUAUCUGCAGCAAUGAAUGAACUACGACCUUGUGCUCCAUUAAGCCUGAAAAACGUGCUUGCCCAGGAAUUAGUUAAAGGUUUGCAGGCAGUUUCUGACUCUCUACUGAGAUACAAUACAAGUAGGAUGCUCAGAGAUAACGAGUCUGUUCUUUUCAUAAAACUGUGCCGAGCUUUUGUUGAGGUCGCUUUUCCUCAUUGUGCAUUGUGUUUUGGUCGUUGUUACCCAGUUGGAUCGGCCCUCGUCUCGGAUACCAAAAACUUGUUUGAUGGACUUAACCGACUGUUAGCAUCCUCACCAUCAAGGGAACUACCAAAACCUGCUCUUAAAGCUGAGGCUAAUACUAAUAUCAAUACCAAUAUCAAUUCUAACAGUAAUGUAUCAGAAAAUGGUAAUUUGCCCACUGUGGACAAUGGCGUAGCAAAUGGCAUUCAACGUACCUCAAGCGAAAACCUGACAGAGAACGACAAGAAUUACAACAGUCCACCGAAGGAUAAGGCUGAUACAACUGAAGAUGUCAAAGGAUCACCAGUAACAUGA